AUCAUCAGUACUUAUUACUUUUAUAAAUAAAAACCUGAAAUGUUGCAACAGAAGUUGUAGCGGUAGAGUAGAUUCAUCUUUUGUCAGACAACUCUUAUUUAGCUGCAGGUGGGAAGUGUUAAUGAACUUGGUUCCCUGAGUGUGUUGAUGGAAUCGAGAUGACUUGUUGCUUUAGAUAGUAGCUAACGUUAGGUAAAGGUUAAAAAGGCUGAAUCCUCUUUGUGUUCAUACUUGACACUGGUUGACCCUGUCAGGGAACUAUCUGGACGCUACCCCGCACAGGACGACUCAUGUGGCCCCUCUGACACCCUUGGUCCCCAUCUUUCGGAUCCUCUACAGCUCUUCAGUCCCCUUGACACUGCAACCAUGUCCAGCCAGACAGGAGUGACGCCCCCUCUACGCUUCGGCCAGGUGGUCAUUGGACCCCCCGGCUCAGGAAAAACCACCUACUGCCAAGGAAUGCAGGAGUUCCUUACUCACCUGGGCCGCAAGGUGGUUGUGGUGAACAUGGACCCUGCCAACGAAGGACUGCCGUAUUCCUGUGGGGUAGACAUCUCAGAGCUGGUCACUCUGGAUGAUGUUAUGGAGGGCCUGAAGCUUGGGCCCAACGGUGGGCUCCUCUACUGUAUGGAGUAUGUUGAAGCCAAUCUGGACUGGUUAGAGAACAAGCUGAAACAGCACAGUGAUUGUUACUUCUUGUUUGACUGUCCUGGACAAGUGGAGCUCUACACCCACCAGACCUCGGUGAAGAAUAUCUUCUCACAGCUGGCAAAGUGGAAUUUCAGGCUCACAGCGGUGCACCUUGUGGACUCUCAUUACUGUGCUGACCCAGCCAAGUUCAUCUCUGUGCUCUGCACCUCCCUGUCCACCAUGCUGCACGUGGAGCUUCCCCAUGUCAACGUCCUCUCCAAGAUGGACUUGAUUGAGCAGUAUGGCAAACUAGCCUUCAACCUUGACUUCUACACAGAGGUCAUGGACCUGACGUAUCUUCUUGAUCACCUGGCCGCAGACCCCUUCUUUAAAAAAUUCCACCGUCUAAAUGAAAAGUUGGCCGAGGUCAUACAGGAUUACAGCCUCGUCUCCUUCGUGCCCCUCAAUGUGCAGGACAAAGAGAGCAUGAUUCAGGUCUUACGGGCAGUGGACAAGGCCAACGGCUACUGCUUUGGAGACCUGGAGGAGAGGAAUCUGCAGGCCAUGAUGUCAGCUGCUGUGGGGGCAGACUUCCAGUUUGACUCCACUCUUGGAGUGCAAGAGCGGUAUGUUGAAACCAGUGGAAGGACUGUGGAGGAGGAAAUGAUGGACCUAUAAAUUGAAAAAAGCCCAAAUCAAAGGACAAAACUGGUUGCCUUUUUAGCACCAGUAUACCAGGGGAGUGUUGGCAACAUCCAUCUCACUUGGCCUGAAUUCUGAGCUUUAGUACAAAAGCAGUGGAGAGACAGAAACUAUAUUUGGGUGCUGAAGAUACUUGAAGGUUGCACCACAUAUCAUGAAAAUCACGAGGACGACUGAGGGGAGUAAAUGCCGAGCUUUUCUUCAGAUAUCAAUGAGAGUGGUGUUAUUUUUCCACACUUUGCUGUCUCUCUAGACGACAAUAAGGAAAUAUUUAAUAAAUGCCAAUAUGUUUUCUUAAAAUGUAUCUAAAGGCCCUUGUUUAGUUUCUAGAUGUGUACAGCCCUAUAUUUGAGGAAACUCAAGGACAAUUUCCAGGACAAGCAUCCAGCAGUGCAAGUCUAUACAGUCAUAUUCAUUCUGAAACAAUAAAGUGACGGCAA